GAGCUGCAAGUUUGGCUGUGGCGGCAAAUGGGCUUGGGCGGCUCCUUGGCGGGUGGCGGUGGUGACCGUAGUGGUUCCUCCUGGCCCUGUUAAUGUCGAGGCCAGGCCUGGGGGGGAUGGCGCCCUAGAGCCGGACCUUGGGUGGGGUAGGGGCGGGAGGGUACAGGGUGGGGACCGGCCAUGUCGGAGGUGACCCGGAGUCUGCUGCAGCGCUGGGGCGCCAGUUUUAGGAGAGGCGCCGACUUCGACUCUUGGGGCCAGCUGGUGGAGGCGAUAGACGAAUAUCAGAUAUUAGCAAGACAUCUACAAAAAGAGGCCCAAGCUCAGCACAAUAAUUCUGAAUUCACAGAAGAACAAAAGAAAACCAUAGGCAAAAUUGCAACAUGCUUGGAAUUACGAAGUGCAGCUUUACAGUCCACACAGUCCCAAGAAGAAUUUAAACUGGAGGAUCUGAAGAAGCUAGAACCAAUCCUAAAGAAUAUUCUUACAUAUAAUAAAGAAUUUCCAUUUGAUGUUCAGCCUGUCCCAUUAAGAAGAAUUUUAGCACCUGGUGAAGAAGAGAAUUUAGAAUUUGAAGAAGAUGAAGAAGAGGGUGGUGCUGGAGCAGGGUCUCCUGAUUCCUUUCCUGCUAGAGUUCCUGGUACUUUAUUACCACGGUUGCCAUCAGAACCAGGAAUGACAUUACUCACAAUCAGAAUUGAGAAAAUUGGUCUGAAAGAUGCUGGGCAGUGCAUCGAUCCCUAUAUCACAAUUAGUGUAAAGGAUCUGAAUGGCAUAGAUUUAACUCCAGUGCAAGAUACUCCUGUGGCUUCAAGAAAAGAAGAUACAUAUGUUCAUUUUAAUGUGGACAUUGAGUUGCAGAAGCAUGUUGAAAAAUUAACCAAAGGUGCAGCUAUCUUCUUUGAAUUUAAACACUACAAGCCUAAAAAAAGGUUUACCAGCACCAAGUGUUUUGCUUUCAUGGAGAUGGAUGAAAUUAAACCUGGGCCAAUUGUAAUAGAACUAUACAAGAAACCCACUGACUUUAAAAGAAAGAAAUUACAGUUAUUGACCAAGAAACCACUUUAUCUUCAUCUACAUCAAACUUUGCACAAGGAAUGAUCCUGCCAUGAAUACCCUGGAACUUCUGUGAAUUUUACUAUUCAGUAGAAACCAUCAUAGCUCUGUGUAGCAUAUGCGCCCUUCAGCAGGCCAGAAGUGAGCCACACCCAUGCCAGUAGGCCAGAGCGAGUCCCUUCAUUGCACAGCUGUACCAUAGAAUUUACAAUCCAGCACAUCAUUGACGUAUGAGACUCCUUUGGACACAUGCUUAUUGUAGAUUUUGAAACAUGUUUUUACUUUUCAAUUAAUUGUACAAUUAAUAGUCUAUUUUCUAAUUUACCAUUAUUUCUACCCUACUUCCUGGAACAACUCUUGUGGGUAGGACAUGCUCAUCUUCAGACUUAAUACAGCAAUAAGAGUGUG